AUGAAGUCGGAAGUCGCGUGUCUUUUCCUCUGCGUCCUCUCGACGAUUCUGCUAGAUGGUGCGCACCCCACGAAGACCGAAGAUGUUCUCGACAAGAUAAAGGCCGGAUUGCAGUACGCGAGUAAUUAUCUGGAGACAGCUAAGGACAUUGCCAAUCUGGUAUCUAAAAGUCUAGGCCAUAAUAAGUCGAAGCAGAAGCGAGGAGAGGACGGCGAUGAAGAGGUGAAGCAGUCGUUUAGCCCGUCGAAUCUCAUUUCCGCGUUCUUCCGACUGAUCGGACUCGAUUCACCGAAAGUCGCAGCGAUCGCGGUCAACAGCAUCAUAUUUCUCGCACAAAUGAUAAGCUCGCUGUUCGGAAUGAAACCGUCGCAGGGUAACAUCGCCAGGAACACGAACGACGCGGUAUUAAAUUGGGAUCCUGUAAAAUUCAUCUUGGAGAACAAGAAUGACGAGGUUCAGAACUUGGUGGAUCAAGCGAGAGACGCGAAUCUACCGGAUCAUCUGAUAGCGCGAAUGAGCGGCUCCGACUCCGCCUGUAUCAGACUGUUGCUGUGCAAGUCGUCCCCGGUGAUAAAAGCGGCGCAAAUCUCCCUGAAUAACAAAUCGCGGCACGGCAUGCGUCGGAUGAUCGCGUGGCUGCCGUCCAAGGAGGAGUUUGAAGCGAACAGCGACGAGUGCGAGGGCAAACAUACCGAUUGUAGUCUGUUCCCGUCACGAUAA